AUGGGACCUCCUUCGGAGCCCGAAUCUAGGCAGCUCUCGGCGCAGAGUCCGGACUCACUCGGCCUGCAACAUGAGUCGUCUCAAACGGCUGAGCGCAAAGAAGCCAGCGCUGUCAAACUGAACGAGACAAAAGAAAAAUCCUCCGAUGAAGAAAAGUCCGAAGACCAGGCCUCUGAAAGUAAAGAUGAGCAGCCUGAACAGAGUGCUUCCCUGGCAAAUUAUUUCAGGGUCUUUUCCUACGCCAAUACACAGGAUCGCGCGAUUCUCGCUUUGGGGCUUCCUCUGCCUCUGAUGAAUAUCGUCUUCGGAAACCUGGUUGGAGAAUUCAACGGCUAUUUCACGCCCGGGACAACGGUCACUGAGGACGAAUUCAAAGCCUCCGUCAGCAAUCUGAGCUUGUACAUCGUGUACCUCUUCAUUGGGAAGUUCACGUUGACAUACGUCUCCAUGUACUGUUUCCGUGUCAUCAGUCUUCGCGUUUCGGCCACCCUCCGGCUAGAAUACAUGCAGUCUCUUUUCGCCCAACGCAUCAGCAAGCUGGACCAGGUAUCAGUGGGAACGAUCACGAAUACAAUCACAACCCUCUCCAAUUCCAUCCAGCAGAGCAUCUCGGACAAACUCGCUAUCCUCUUCCAAUCCAUCGCUCUUCUAAUUACCGCAUACAUCAUUGCGUUCAAGUACUCAUGGGCCUUGACACUCGUCACAAGCGCUGCUCUUCUUUUCAUCCUUGUCGUCUGCUCUUUCACAAUCCCGGUCCUUGUCAAGGUCCAAGCAGAAGUAGAUGAGGCCGACAAGAAGCACUCGUCUAUCGCAGCCGAGAUCUUUGGCUCCAUCCGCACUGUCGUGUCGCUCGGAGCGCAGAGUUUCCUCUGCAAGAAAUAUGCCGGCUGGAUUGAGGAAGCGCGGAGACGGGGGCAGCGCAUGUCAACCGUAUUGGGGAUCCAGCUUGGUCUGGUGUUCUUCGCGAUGUACUCCAGCUAUUCGCUGGCGUUCUGGUUUGGCCUGAAGCUCUACAGAGAGGGUCACAUUGCGAAUAUCAACGUCGUUAUCACGGUGUUCUUCUCCGUCAUGAUCGCGGUGAGUGUUCUGGGAAACAUCGCCUCGCCGUUGAUGAUCGUGUCCAAGGCUGCUAGCGCUGCGGGCUCGUUUUUCGAAAUGAUCAAUUCUGAGAGGAUCGACACUAGCGGUUUCCGCGAGCCCGAGGCUUCCGCUGAAGUCGAUAUCAUUUUUCAGGAUGUCGAAUUUACGUACCCUUCUCGUCCAGACACGAAGGUGCUGAAAGGGUUCAACGCCCGCUUUGAAAGAGGAAAGACGACUGCGUUGGUAGGGCCAUCCGGCUCCGGAAAGAGCACGAUCGCCGCCUUGAUUGAACGAUGGUAUGACCUGAAGGAGGGAGAUGGGCCUCUCAACGGUGGGGAUAUCUUCGUUGGCCAGCACAAGAUAAGCGACCUCGACUUGAAAUGGUGGAGAUCUCGGAUUGGACUUGUCCAGCAAGAGCCGUUCCUUUUCAACGACACGAUCUUCAACAAUGUAUCCUUUGGUUUGAUUGGAACAAAAUGGGAGAACGAACCCGAAUCCACCAAAAGGGAGCUGGUCCAGAAGGCCUGCGAAGAAGCAUCAGCGACAGAGUUUAUCGACCGUCUGCCAGAGGGCUAUGAUACUAUCGUGGGAGAGAACGGUACCAAGCUGAGCGGCGGUCAAAGGCAACGUCUGGCUAUUGCGCGAAGCAUCAUCAAGCAGCCCACCAUUCUGAUAUUAGACGAGGCGACAAGUGCAAUUGAUGUCCGCGGAGAGAAGAUAGUCCAGGCAGCGCUAGACCGAGUGUCGAAGGACCGCACCACAGUCGUGAUUGCCCAUAGACUCUCGACUAUCCGGAAAGCUGACAAAAUUGUUGUGAUGACGGGUGGCGUUGACAUGGAGCAUGGGUCGCAUGAUGAGCUGAUGGACAUCGAUGGUGGCGUGUAUAGAGGCCUUGUCAAUGCCCAGAGACUGGAGAUCUCGGCAGAAGAUGAGACUGACAUGACGGAGGCCAGUCCGGAGCUGGAAGAGGAGGCCAAGUCAGUGGAUACGGUCCUCUAUGAUUCCUCACAAAAGGACGAAGAGGACUACAAAGAAAGCCGAAGCUUCUUCACCAGUAUCGGGCUAUUCUUAUACGAGCAGCGCGCAAGGUGGAUGUUGUAUAUUCCGACCUUGCUCGCCGCUGCCGGAGCUGGAGCCUCCUUCCCAUUACAGAGCUGGUUGAUGGCACAGUUGAUCGGUGUCUUCAGAUUGAGUGUAGAGAAACUUGCAGACGCUGCGAAUUUUUGGGCGCUAAUGUUCUUCAUCCUCGCCCUCGGGGUGGCUGCUUGCUAUAGCGUGCUGGGCUACUGUACCAACCGGUUCUCAAUGGAGGUUGGCUCAUACUGCCGAACGGAUUACAUCGAGAAUAUCUUGAAGAAACCAAUCGCGUUCUACGACCGCCAUGAGAAUGCGUCCGGCUCCCUGGUUUCUCGGCUUGCGACUGACCCGAAGCAAGUUCAGGAGUUACUGGGACCAAAUGGCGCAUUUCCGAUUAUUUCCAUCUUUGGUGUCGUGGGCUCCAUAGUGAUCGCCUUUUCCUUUGGCUGGAAGCUAAGCUUGGUGGCGGUAUUCGCGGCUUUGCCAUGCACUUUUCUCGCUUCUUUCAUGCGCAUUAGAUAUGAGAUGCAGUUCGAUGCAAUGAACGCGAAGGUGUAUGCGGGUAGUUCGCAGUUCGCUGCCGAGGCCAUAGAGGCCUUCCGGACUGUCUCAGCACUGACGAUGGAAGAUGCUAUCUUGAAUCGGUAUCGGAACCUCCUCCAGGAACAACAGAGGAAGGCUUUUCGGAAAGCCUGGUACGCCACAUUGAUCUUUGCUUUUUCCGAUAGCGUUGAGCUAUGUGCGAUGGCACUGACUUUCUGGUACGGUGGCCAACUGCUGGCGUCAAGAGAGUACGAGCCGACAAAAUUUUUCGUUAUCUAUAUGGCAAUCAUUCAAGGAGGACAGCAAGCUGGCCAAUUCUUUAGCUUUGGAUCAAAUAUCGCACAGGCAACCGCAUCGGCUAACAGGAUGUUGGACUUUCGUCCAAGGCCAGCUUCAGCGAGCAGUACCGGGGCCGACUCCGUUCAAAAGACAAACUUCGAGCGGAGCGAGGGCGCAAGACUCGAAUUCAACCAGGUUACAUUCAUAUAUGCGUCGCAAGAGGUCCCUCUUUUCUCGGAUCUCAGGUUCAACAUCGAAAGUGGGCAAUUCGUCGCGUUUGUCGGGCCGUCCGGUUGUGGCAAGACGACCGUCAUAUCACUGCUGGAGAAAUUCUAUCACCCAGCACAAGGCACCAUUACAGUCGACGGCCAUGAUAUAAGUCGCCUAGAGACCUCGUCCUACCGGAGGGCAAUCUCACUCGUGGCACAGGAACCGAGGCUUUUCGAGGGAACGAUCCGUGACAACAUUACCCUAGGCCUUGACGAGUCUGAUUUCACUGAAGAUGAUAUAGUGCAAGCAUGCAAAGACGCGGAAAUCCAUGAUUUCAUCGCAUCACUUCCGAACGGCUACUCCACUGAGCUCGGUAUAAAGGCCCAGACAUCGCUUAGCGGAGGCCAGCGGCAACGACUCUGCAUUGCGCGUGCGCUGUUACGAAAACCGUCUCUUCUCCUGUUAGAUGAGGCCACCUCGAGUCUUGACUCGCAAUCCGAAAAGCUCGUGCAAGCAGCAAUGGACCGCUUGGCUGCGAAGAGAAGCAUGACAAUCGUAGCUGUUGCCCACAGACUGGCCACGAUCCAGAAGGCCGACGUGAUCUUUGUGUUUGGAGAAGCGCAUGGUGGGAAGGGCUCUCGCAUCGUGGAGCAAGGAACGCACCAGGAAUUGCUCCGAAAGAAGGGAACUUACUGGCAGAUGUGUCUGGAGAACGCGAUGGAUAAAUGA